AUGACUGGUCAGCACGGGAUAUUCAGAUGUAUGAAGCAUCUCUCAUGGGUCCAUUCAAACGGGAAGAACUUUUGCACCACCGUAUCCCCAUGGGUGGUCCCACCUGAGGCGCUCGAGCCGUUCCGCGUCGCUCCGAAGGAGACACCGCGUCAACUAGCCAAAUAUCUGACCCAGAAGGAGACAAAGUCGGCGUAUAAUAUUCCCAUCCGAGCCACGCUCCAAGAAGUCGACUCGGAGAGAUAUCACGUAGCACAAUGCAACACCAAUAAUGUGAUCUUUUCCUUUGCACAGAUGAUCGCUCACCACACUCGCGGGGGAUGUCCACUGAGAACGGGCGAUCUCAUAGCCACAGGUACGCUCUCUGGGCCGACUCGAGAAGAGGCCGGUUGCCUUCUCGAACAGACGCGUGGGGGAACCGAUCCAUAUGACAUGGUCGCAGAAAAUCCGAGAAGGGGCAAAUUGCGGCGAGCUUUCCUUGAAGAUGGUGAUACCAUUGAAUUUACUGCACAAGCAAAAGCCAGGGACGGUCUAGGAAAUGUAGGCUUUGGAGCCUGUCAGGGUAAGGUCCUUCAUACCAGUUAG